AUGCGAUGCGCGAACAAGGCCGCCGAGAGCGCGUCUGCACGUCUCUGUGCAGACGCCGAGGCAGAAACAACAGCAACUGAUGUCUCAUCGGUUGCUGAAGCGACCCAGCCUGUUUCACUUGGUGAUGCAGGCGCUGGUCAUGAAGACACUCAUGUCUUCACAGAUUACGAGCUCGGUGUCUCAUACUCUCCUGAUACGGAUGACGGAUCCGUAUCGACGGCGAUUGAAUCCAAGCCGCCUGCCAAGCGUGGCAUGGACGAUGCUUUGCGUCGUAGCAUCUUUAAUUCAUCUGAUUCAUCAGAUGAACCAUCGCCGAAGCGAAGGCGCUCGAGGUCGCGAGACUCGGGCGCUAAUAGUGGUGUCGGUUCUCCUAUGGACACCACUUCACAGCGAGGUGCCAGUACUUCUGUCGGCACGUCGCAGGAAGAGCGGGACCGCAAUGUGUUGCGUCUCGCUCCUGAGAAGAAGGCAUGGAUGCCUCCAAAGUCCGUCAUGGAUCACUUGUCGGCGACGACGAGUGAUCGUUAUCGAAAAAGGUUGUUCGAUUCGUCAAGGAUCCAUCACCUUGACCCCAGCGCGAAAAACUAUCGCGCUGAAAAUGAAUUCUUCAUCGAUGCUUUCUUUAGGCAUCGAUGGUACAGUGGGAAUCACAAACGUUUUGGUCCCUCACUACUUCAAGCAUGGAACGCCUACAUCCAUAAUCUCGAGGAUGUAGGUCGUGAUGCUUGGAACGACAAACUUAUCAAAGCUCGUGAUAAGUUUGAAAAGCGAACCCCGAUAGGUGCACGCUACAAGCUGCAUCGUCUGUCUAGAGAGAAAGGAUUACCCUGCCUCUCCUGGGGAGACUCGUGCCCAUGUUGUGUGAACAACUCUGCACGAGCACCUAAGGAGGCUUACCUCCUUACCAGCCCGUGGUGGCGCGUACGUGUCUCUACUGAGAUGUACGAAGGGAUUGACAACUUGAAAUCUCUUUACGACCGUGCCGGGAAGACUUUCUCCGGCGGUCCUUCUGCGGCACAGGAUGUGCCGCGUCGUACUGCUCAACCAGACCCAGUAUGUCGAUCAUCAGUUGGGAGCGGGGCUCCCAAGAAUCCCAGGACGGGGGAUAGCCGCGCCACCGGACGAGGUAACUCGUCCGACGUCCGUUCACGUCGCGGUGGUUCAAAAGCUGCUCAACUAGAUAGCGCUGGCCACCGCGAGAGUCCUCUAAUGGAGGUGGAGGAGGAGGAAAGACGCUCUCCACACGAUCAUGUGGAUCGGUGUGUCCCGAGAGCUUCUUUGAUCGCGUAA